GGGCGUGUGUUAAUCGCAGAUCGCGCUCACUGAUUGGCUACAGCGCGGUUUAACAUGCGUCCAUCAUCGCAGAUCUCAACGCUGAUUGGAUACGGCGUAUAUAUCCCUCUCUUCAUCCCAAACGUCAAAGAACUAAGAAGCUGCGGCAUUCUCGUACAUGUUACGGCACUUUAACAACGGAGCGGCCGUCGUGCUUCUCCAGCGUACGUAUUUGUCGUCAGAGAGCUACCUCUUGGCAGCAGGUGAGGUCAAAUGCAGAGGAAAGGAGCGGAAGAGCUUUGCUGACAGGUGGAGGAAAUAUAUUUUAGCGUUAAGCUAAAAAAAAGGGACAAAUGGACGAUAUUAAAACGGCGCUGACCGAGAGCCUCGUGAUAUGGCUGCAGACCUUCAACACUCCUGCACCCUGCAGAACAGUGGAGGAGCUGACCACUGGAGCAGCAAUAUCACAGGCACUGCAUCAGAUAGACCCGGCGUGGUUCACCGAUGGCUGGCUCGGCCGGAUCAAAUCAGACGUUGAAGAUAACUGGAGACUGAAGAUGAACAACCUGAAGAAGAUCCUUCAGAUGAUGGUUGAUUAUUACAAUGAGGUCUUAGCCCAGGAAAUCUCAGGCUUCCCCUUGCCAGAUCUGGCCCUGGUGGCAGAGCAUUCAGACCCUCUGGAGCUAGGGAGGCUGCUGCAGCUCGUAUUGGGCUGUGCUGUCAGGUGUGAACGUAAACAAGAAUACAUUCAGAUCAUCAUGACGUUGGAGGAGUCUGUGCAGCAUGUUGUCAUGACAGCCAUCCAGGAGCUGAUGAGUAAAGAGAUGAUGGCCCCGUUUGGAGGAGAACUGUCUGGGGACCAGGAACAGCAGCUGAAAAAAGCCCUGGAGGAACUCACUGAACUCCUCGCAGAGAAGGAAGCGUUGGCUCAACGCUGUCAAGAGCUGGACAUACAGGUGGCUGUUUUGCAAGAGGAAAGAAACAGCCUGUUGGCUGAGAAUGACGUCCUAACAGACCGAGCCAAUCAGCUGGACACGUUUGACGACCCGAGCACCCCUUCAGGGAGAAAACACAGCCAGCUGCAGCAACAGUUAGAGACGCUGCAGGAGGAGAACUUCAGGCUGGAGGCGGCUAAGGAUGACUACCGGAUCCACUGUGAGGAGUUGGAGAAGCAGCUGAUCGAGGUCCAGCACCGUAACGAUGAGCUCACUAGCCUGGCAGAAGAAUCGAGAGCCCUCAAAGACGAACUGGACGUUCUGAGAAACUGUUCAGAUCGAGUGGUGAUGCUGGAGGCCUCCGUGGAUACAUACAAACGUAAACUGGAGAAUCUUGGAGAUCUAAAGAGGCAGAUGAAGCUGCUGGAGGAGAAUAACAUGACCUACAUGCACAACACGGUCAGCCUGGAGGAAGAACUGCGCAAGGCCAACGCUGCCCGCGCACAGCUUGAGACGUACAAGAGACAGGUCCAGGAGCUCCACAAGAAGGUUUCUGAGGAGUCGCGGCGAGCAGACAACCUGGCCUACGAGAUGAAGAAACUAGAGGAAAAACACGAAACUGUGAUGAAGGAGAAAGAAAGGACCAUCAUCGAGAGAGAUUCUCUGAAGGAGAUCAAUGAGGAGCUGCGCUGCACUCAGGCUCAACAGCACCAGCUCUCCCAAGCAGGGAUUCUUCCUUCUGGCAGUCCCAGCCAUGAAAACCUGGCAGCUGAAUUAUUACCCACCGAGUACAGGGAAAAGUUCAUCAGGCUGCAGCAUGAGAACAAGAUGCUGAGAGUGCAGCAGGAGGAAUGUGAGCGGGAGAAGAUCGCUGCACUGCAGGAGCAGCUGGAGGAGGCGCACAAGGCACGCAGCGAACUGGACACCGAGAACAGAUUGAGUCAAGAGCGGAUCAGUGAGCUGCAGCAGCAGGUGGAGGACCUCCAGAGGGCGCUGCAGAGUCAGGCGGCCAAACCUGAUGAUUCAAACCUGAAGAGGAAACUAGAUGCGCACAUGGUCCAGCUGAACGAGGCUCAGGAUGAAAUCAUGAAGAAGAAGGAGCUGCUGGAGGACCUGCAGCCUGACAACACUCAGACCUCCUUGAAGCUGGAUGAGCUGAUGGCUGCUCUGAAGAAGAAGGAUGACGACAUGAGGGCGAUGGAAGAGAGGUACAAAAUGUACCUGGAGAAAGCUCGCAAUGUUAUCCGAGCUCUGGAUCCGAAGCUCAACCCAGCCACCGCUGAGAUCCAGUCUCUGAGGAACCAGUUAGCAGACCGGGACAAGCAGGUCCUCAACCUGGAACGUCAAUGUGAGCAGGCCAAACUGAGAGAGUACGAGGAGAAGCUGAUCGUCACUGCGUGGUAUAACAAGAGUCUGAACUUUCAAAAGCUGGCGAUUGAAUCCCGCCUCGGCGGCUGCACCUCCUCCGUGCUCUCCCCCGGCCAGUCCUUCUUGUCCCAGCAGCGGCAAGUCUCAAACGCCCCUCGCCGGGCGCUUUCCAUCAGCGUGCCUGCCACUACCUCCAAGUAGACCUCGUCACGGAGCCAAAUGUCUCACUUUGAAUCAGUUAAGGGAAGUCUCCCUCCCUCCCACCAGUGAGCACUCAAGUGACCUUAAACACAUCUGCUCUCAGCACUUGGGGAGGGGUCACCAAUGAGCUAAAUGGGAUCAAUGAGCACUAACUUAUGAAACAACCUUAACCCAUUAAAGCCGGGAAAGCGGAUGCGUCGUUUUGUAGUAUUUGUAGUUUUUUUUCUCCACCUAUUUUCAGUCUCUCGGCCAAUGAAAUGCAUCAGAAUACAUGUGGGAGUGUCGCAAUGCAACAUGGGACUUUUCCAGAACUUUGAAAUCAUCACCAAAAAAAGACACAAAAUUACUAAAAGAAGACACAAAAAGACAAAAAAGACACAAAGUGACUAAAAGAAGACACAAAAAGCCACAAAAUGACUAAAAGAAGACACAAAAAGACACAAAGUGACUAAAGAAAAGACACAAAAUGACAAAAAAGACACAAAAUGACAAGACACCAAAUGACUAAAAACAGACACAAAAUGACCAAAAAAGACACAAAAUGUCUAAAAAAAAUGAGAAUACAUGUGGUAGUGUCGCAAUGCAUCAUGGGACUUUUCCAGAACUUUGAAAUCAUGGCGGAAGACGACUAUAGUGGAGGGAGCUCAGAUAUAACAGCUAUAAGCUCUCAAAUACUUUUUGAAUUUAAUUUCUAUCUGCUACAGAGGCUGAAAAAUCUAUUAUUUAGUAGGAAGCGAUGAGACUUUUAUUGAAUUUCCAGAAAAACUUCAGGUUUUAGGGGGCUAUUUUAAAUUCGCCCAGAGGUUUUACAGGCAUUUUUUCCAGGCGUUUUAGGCCUUAAUGGGUUAAAGUUCACGCUCAUGAGACUUCCUGUCCCACACUACACUGACUACAGGCUGACCUGGAGCCCACAACCUGCGUUCACCUCACUAGCUAAAGUAGCGCACACCGUCGCAGCCCGUAGACGUAGAACAUUUCUCCCUUCUGCUCCGUGUGUUUGCUUCGCCAACUGCAGACUCUGCUGAAUACUUGCUGUAAUCAAUUUAGCCUUUAGCCUCUUUAUAUCCUGUCAUGCAGCAGGAAUGGGAGACAUGUAAAUGAAUGCUUAACUAUUUUAUUCAGACGUGGAGCCUGUCAUGUAUAUGAAUGUGAUUUUCAAAAAAAAGGGCCAUUGAAUGCUAAAGCCAACUAACUUGAGAUGAUUGUUAAUGUAAAUGGAAACCAUCAUACUAUGCAGUUAAAGGAGGAACUAAUGUAUUCAUUCUGCAGACUGACAAAAAGACAAACAUGCUAUCUUUAAAGAAAAAUAUCACUACAUUUGGUGCUGGCCACCAAAACAAACAUGACUCACUUAUGAUUUCUUUUCUUUUUUAACUUAAAUGGAACAAGCCCAUCAUGUAAAGCUGUGAAAAUCUUACAAAUCAUAUUAACCUCUGAGGUGCUGAAGCGACAAAUCCUACACAAGAAAUCCAGGAUGAGUGUAUUUGUCAUGUGUUUUCUAUACUCCUAAAGUCUGAUUUGACUUCGUUACCGGCAGCAUGCUAUAAAUGAAAAACAGCAGGCCUUUUUUAUUCACUGAAUAUCUUAAUUAGCAGUGAGAUAUCAAGGCUGCACAGCUGUAAUGUAAACAUGAUUUUAACACCAGCUUCUGAUAUUAAGCUUUCAUACAGUUCCUGCUAAUUGUAACUUGAGAAUUGAAUUACUGUUAUCGAUAUUGUAUUUAAUCAUGGAUGUUUUCAGGCUUGUAGAACCUGAUAAUGUAAUACAUUCCCGAUAAUGUUAUAACCACGAUAAUAUAAAAAAAAUCUGCACUUGAGUCCAUUGAAAAUGUUAUAAAACCUGAUAAUGUAAUAACUUCCCGAUAAUGUAAUAAAGUGCAUUUCCCAAUAAUGUAAUACACUUUUUUUUACCAAUAAUGUAAUAAAGUAUAACAUUAAUGGAAGGUUUUUGAUCAAAUCAAAGAUGGCGGAAAAUCCAAUAUGGCCGAAAAACUCCAUUGAGGAUGCAUUGAGCUGGGAUUGGCCCAAGGGUUCCAGUGAUACAUGCUUUGAUGAAAAACGGAUGAACGGGUCAAAAGUGAAUAAACAUUCAACUUUGACCUGUUGGUGGCGCUAGAGCUCUUGAGCUAGAGUUGAUACACAGUAUCACCACUUGAACCCAAGUAAUGGGUGGUCUGCUGUUAAAUUAUUACAAUAUUGGGGAAUUAUUACAUUAUCAGGACUUGUGAAAUGAAGGCUAACCUGAUAAUGUAAUAACCUCCCAUUAAUGUUAUACUUUAUUACAUUAUUGGUAAAAAGUGUAUUACAUUAUUGGGAAAUGAACUUUAUUACAUUAUCGGGAAGUUAUUACAUUAUCAGGUUUUAUUACAUUUUCAAUGGACUCAAGUGCAGAUUUUUAUUACAUUAUCGGGAAUUUAUUACAUUAUCAGGUUCUACAAGGCUGUUUUAGUGUUCAGACUCAAGAGCGCCGUUACAGAAGAAGGUCCUUUCUUUGAUAUUGUGGGUUAAGUUAGAUUGCACUUGUCUUGCAACAUGAAAUGGCUGUUUGAUUGCUUUGUUACUCUGUAUGUUCACAAUAACGCUGAAGAGGCAUUCUGUAACAGUUGGGACAAUUGUGAUCUAUAGAUGUUUGUUGAAGCGCUUUUAU